UCUCGCGUGAACAUCCUGCAGACAGUGGACUGAAAUUUCUAAAGCUCUCAGAGUUGUCAACAAAUCUCUGCGGAGCUGCAUAUCCACAUUAGCAUCGAGCAGACCCAAAUGCGAACCUCCUGCAUGCAAAAGAAGCACCUUACUUGUGCAGAAAUAAGCGCCUUUCGCUGCUAGCAGCGCGCUCGGUGGAAGUUCCUGCCUCCUUUCUCUUAUUGGUGUUGCUUUAGCUAGUUAGCGUAUCUCCUACAGCCGCCCGGAUGCGGUGAAGCUCCGCAAAUUUAGCUUCAGCUCUGGCCUUCCGACGUGCACGAACGGCUUCAAUUAUGUCAAGCACUCGGCAACAGCAGCAGUCCGGUGGUGCAGCGGGCUCCGUCCCCGGGACAAGCUCCGGGAGUUUGUGCAGCCUCAGCAGCAGCGGCGGCGGCAACGGCGGAGCAAACAGCGGGAGCAGCGCCGCUCAGAACGGGAGCAGCUCGGGUAAUGGGGUGUCCUCGCGGACUCUGCUCUCGGUGGCCGAAGGACAGAGCGCUCGUCUGGGCUCUUUAAGCAGGAAAAGACCCUUGUACAACGGUCUGAUCAAUCCCUAUGAGGACAAGAGUAAUGAUUUUGUAUGCCCUAUAUGUUUUGAGAUGAUAGAGGAAGCUCACAUGACAAAGUGUGGCCACAGUUUCUGUUAUAAAUGUAUACGACAGAGUUUGGAGGACAGCAACAGAUGCCCAAAAUGUAAUUAUAUCAUUGACAAUGUGGAUCAACUUUACCCCAACUUCUUAGUGAAUGAACUAAUCUUGAAACAAAAACAGAGAUCUGAAGAGAAGCGUCUAAAACGGGAUCACCCUAAUGGAACCAAAUGGCAAGUUUUCCAGGAUGUCCUUGGGGCUGAUCAAGAGAAUAUGGAUUUAGCAAAUGUCAACUACAUAUUAGAGUACCUGCUGCAAAAAAAGAAACAACUGGAGGCGGAAUCACAAGCUGCUCAGCGACAGAUCUUAAUGGAGUUCCUGAAGGAGGCCAGAAGAAAUAAAAGAGAGCAACUGGAACAGUUACAAAAAGAACUGAACUUUUUGGAAGAGGAUAUUAAACGAGUGGAGGAAAUGAGUGGUAUGUACUCGCCCAUAAGUGACAUGGACUGCAAUUCAGACAGUACUGUGCCACAAGUUGAAGCUCCCUCUCCUGCACCCAGCAGUAGCAUAAUAGAUCCUUCAGAAUACAUUCAGCCUCCUUUUGGUGGAAACUCACAGAGUAAAAGACAAACAUGGUACAACAGCACCCUGGCAUCACGGCGGAAGAGACUGACGGCACACUUUGAGGAUCUGGAACAGUGUUAUUUUUCCAAUAGGAUGUCUCGAAUAACGGAUGACAGCAGGACUGUUAACCAGCUGGAUGAUUUCAUGGAGUGUCUAUCAAAGUUUACCCGUUACAACUCUGUGAGGCCUCUGGCCACCCUCUCUUAUGCUAGUGACCUUUAUAAUGGCUCCAGUAUUGUGUCCAGCAUCGAGUUUGACCGCGACUGUGAUUACUUCGCCAUUGCUGGUGUCACUAAGAAAAUUAAAGUGUUUGAGUACGGCACUGUGAUCCAGGAUGCUGUGGACAUUCAUUAUCCUGUCAAUGAGAUGACAUGUAACUCUAAAAUUAGCUGCAUCAGUUGGAGCAGCUACCACAAAAACCUGUUAGCCAGCAGUGACUAUGAGGGGACUGUCAUUCUUUGGGAUGGGUUUACUGGGCAAAGGUCAAAGGUCUACCAGGAGCAUGAAAAGCGGUGUUGGAGUGUCGAUUUCAACCUUAUGGAUCCCAAGCUCUUAGCAUCAGGAUCAGAUGACGCAAAAGUCAAGUUAUGGUCCACCAACCUGGACAAUUCAGUAGCCAGCAUUGAAGCCAAGGCCAAUGUAUGCUGUGUUAAGUUCAGUCCAACCUCUCGAUAUCAUCUUGCCUUCGGUUGUGCAGACCACUGUGUGCACUACUAUGACCUGAGGAACACUAAGCAGCCCAUCAUGGUUUUCAAAGGCCACAGGAAAGCAGUAUCUUAUGCCAAGUUUGUCAAUGGAGAAGAAAUUGUCUCUGCCUCAACAGACAGCCAGCUGAAACUCUGGAACGUGAACAAGCCUCAUUGUUUGCGCUCUUUCAAAGGCCACAUCAAUGAGAAGAACUUUGUGGGUUUGGCAUCAAAUGGAGACUAUGUAGCAUGUGGUAGUGAAAACAACUCGCUGUACUUGUACUACAAAGGCCUUUCCAAGACGCUGCUGACAUUCAAGUUUGACACUGUGAAGAGCGUCCUGGACAAGGACAAGAAGGAGGACGACACCAAUGAGUUUGUCAGUGCAGUGUGCUGGCGAGCUCUACCUGAUGGGGAGUCAAAUGUGUUGAUUGCAGCCAACAGUCAAGGAACAAUCAAGGUACUUGAGUUGGUCUGAAGGUCCACUCGAAUCAGUGGUCGGAGCCUACUAAAGAACUGUUGCUUCUUUCACUGGCGGCUUUCAAAGGGCGGCAGAACUGAAGCAAGUUUGUUUCUUUUCCAAGAAAACAACCAGCAGAACUGGUUUUUAUCAGCAUUAUAUUUGCAAAAACUCAAUCAUUCUGCGUCGUCAUACUAUCGCUGUAUGUGAAAUGUUGAGAUAUGAGGACGUGUUUGUGCCGACAGGAAGACGAGCGCAAAUUCCACUAUUUGAAAUAAAAGUUUUUGAUGAAUAACGUGGAGGACAGGAAAUAUUCUCAAACAAAACCUUUACUAGAGGUAAUUCUAGCCAGAACAAGAGCUACGAGACAUUUAAGGCCAAAGCACAAGACCAUAACACAAUGAAAUAUUUUUUUUCGUAUAAAUUAGCUGAUUCUUUUGAGGCUAUUGCGUUCUGGAUUUUUUUUUUUAUACACAGUGUCUGUUUGUCCGUAAGAUGUGUAAGCUUUGGCAUAUUCCGGUGGUCUCCCCAAAUGCAAUUAAAGGACCUACUUUAGCUUUUCUGUUGGUGAAGUGGACAUGCUUAUAGCAGGGGUGUUCUUUAAGUAUACUUAAUAUACUCUUAAAUUGGUAUUUACCUCAUUUUGAAACUAUUUAAGUAUCGUAAGUCCCAAGAAGUCAUUUACUACCUUUUGCAUGAGAUUCUUUUCACUUUUCUUCUCAUGAUUUCAGGAUCUAAUUCCCGACAGAAGUGCUUUUCAGUUGAUAGUUGGCUAUGUUGCCCAGGGCUCGUAAAUUUUCAAACACGGACUAAAUUGUAUCUCGUCAAAAGGCGUAAUGACACUAUGUAUGCUUCAUUUGGGAUUAUUUAACAUCACUCAUAACAUUGCUGCUCUUUCAUCUUUGAGUUCUUGUACAAGUGUUAUUUAUUUGAAUAAUUUAUAGAAAUUGUGUGAACAUUGGACCCAUAAUAGCCUUUAGGUUUCAAGCUUUAUUUGUAUGUUCUCUGUUGCAUCCUAGUAAUUCUGUUUGUUUAUUUACUCAUUUUAACACGUUCAUUUGAAUGAAUAAACAAUUUUUUUUCUUUGGUUA